AGAAAACACUGACAAGGAGGAUAACUUGAAACACUCUUGACCCCUUCACUUUCAAUUUCUUGACUGCACUACAAGCAAGCAGAAUGUCGGGGGCUUCAGUGAAAGUGGCUGUUCGGGUCCGGCCCUUCAAUUCCCGAGAAACCAGCAAAGAAUCCAAAUGUAUCAUCCAGAUGCAAGGCAAUUCAACCAGUAUUAUCAACCCAAAGAAUCCUAAGGAAGCACCAAAGUCCUUCAGCUUUGACUACUCUUACUGGUCCCACACAUCGCCUGAAGAUCCCUGCUUUGCAUCUCAGAACCGUGUGUACAAUGAUAUUGGGAAGGAGAUGUUGCUGCAUGCCUUUGAGGGCUACAAUGUAUGCAUUUUUGCCUAUGGACAAACUGGAGCUGGGAAAUCCUACACAAUGAUGGGCAAGCAAGAGGAGAGCCAAGCAGGCAUAAUCCCCCAGCUAUGUGAAGAACUGUUUGAGAAAAUCAAUGACAACAGCAAUGAGGAAAUGUCAUAUUCAGUGGAGGUGAGUUACAUGGAGAUUUACUGUGAGAGAGUCAGAGACUUGUUGAACCCGAAGAACAAAGGGAAUUUGCGGGUGCGAGAGCAUCCUCUGCUUGGGCCGUAUGUGGAAGAUCUGUCCAAGUUAGCAGUCACAUCUUACACAGAUAUUGCAGACCUCAUGGAUGCUGGGAACAAAGCCAGGACUGUGGCAGCUACCAACAUGAAUGAAACCAGCAGCCGCUCUCAUGCUGUGUUUACAAUUGUCUUUACUCAGAAGAAACAUGACACAGAAACUGAUCUUUCCACAGAGAAGGUCAGCAAGAUUAGCCUUGUGGAUCUAGCUGGGAGCGAGCGAGCUGAUUCAACUGGUGCCAAAGGAACCCGAUUAAAGGAAGGAGCAAAUAUAAACAAGUCUCUCACAACUCUGGGCAAAGUUAUUUCAGCAUUGGCUGAAGUGGAUAACUGCACCAACAAGACUAAGAAAAAGAAGAAAACAGACUUUAUACCGUACAGGGAUUCUGUACUAACAUGGCUUCUUCGAGAAAAUUUAGGUGGUAACUCCAGAACUGCCAUGGUUGCUGCUUUGAGUCCAGCAGACAUAAACUAUGACGAAACUUUGAGCACUUUAAGAUAUGCUGAUCGUGCAAAACAAAUUAAAUGCAAUGCUGUUAUCAAUGAAGACCCCAAUGCCAAGCUGGUACGUGAGCUGAAGGAGGAGGUGACAAGGCUUAAGGAUCUCCUGCGCGCCCAAGGGCUGGGAGAUAUUAUUGACAUUGAUCCAAUGGGAGAUGAAUACUCUGGAAGUGGAGGCAAAUAUUUGAAAGAUUUUCAGAACAAUAAACAUAGAUACUUGCUAGCCUCCGAGAAUCAACGUCCUGGCAAUUUUUCCACAGCCUCCAUGGGGUCCCUCACUGCAUCUCCAUCCUCCUGCUCUCUCAGUAGUCAGGUGGGGUUAACAUCUGUGUCCAGUAUACAGGAAAGAAUCAUGUCAACACCUGGAGGAGAAGAGGCAAUUGAACGUUUGAAGGAAUCUGAGAAGAUCAUUGCAGAGCUGAAUGAAACAUGGGAAGAGAAGCUGAGGAAAACUGAGGCCAUAAGGAUGGAAAGGGAGGCACUGUUGGCAGAAAUGGGAGUUGCCAUUCGGGAAGAUGGAGGAACACUGGGAGUCUUCUCACCUAAAAAGACUCCUCAUCUUGUAAACCUUAAUGAAGAUCCACUCAUGUCUGAAUGUCUGCUGUACUACAUCAAAGAUGGUAUUACUAGGGUUGGCCAAGCUGAUGCUGAGCGAAGGCAAGACAUUGUGUUGAGUGGGGCUCAUAUCAAAGAAGAACACUGUAUCUUUCGAAGUGAGAGGAACAACAAUGGUGAAGUUAUUGUUACUUUGGAGCCUUGUGAACGAUCAGAAACCUACGUUAAUGGCAAGAGGGUUGUACAGCCUGUGCAGUUGCGCUCAGGAAAUCGUAUCAUCAUGGGUAAAAAUCAUGUCUUCAGAUUCAACCAUCCAGAGCAAGCACGAGCAGAAAGAGAGAAAACACCGUCAGCUGAGACUCCCUCUGAGCCAGUUGACUGGACAUUUGCUCAGAGGGAGCUUCUGGAGAAGCAAGGCAUUGACAUGAAGCAGGAGAUGGAGAAAAGGUUACAAGAAAUGGAAAUUUUGUAUAAGAAGGAGAAGGAGGAAGCUGAUCUCUUGUUGGAGCAGCAAAGACUGGACUAUGAGAGUAAGCUGCAGGCCUUACAGAAGCAGGUAGAGACACGAUCCUUGGCAGCUGAAACAACAGAGGAAGAAGAGGAGGAGGAAGAAGUGCCCUGGACACGUCAUGAGUAUGAACUUGCACAGUGGGCUUUCAGGAAGUGGAAAUUUCACCAAUUUACUUCACUGAGGGACCAGCUCUGGGGAAAUGCAGUAUAUCUGAAAGAAGCCAAUGCAAUCAGUGUAGAGUUAAAGAAAAAGGUGCAGUUUCAGUUUGUCCUGCUGACAGACACCCUCUACUCACCACUACCACCAGAGCUUUUGCCCACUGAGUUGGAGAAGACUCGGGACAACAGGCCUUUCCCUCGUACAGUGGUGGCUGUGGAAGUCCAGGAUCUGAAGAACGGAGCAACACAUUACUGGUCCUUAGAAAAACUUAAGCAGAGGUUGGACCUGAUGCGUGAGAUGUAUGACAGAGCUGGGGAAAUGGCAUCUAAUACACAGGAUGAGAGUGAAAGCACAAUGACAGGCAGUGACCCCUUUUAUGAUCGCUUUCAUUGGUUCAAGCUGGUUGGAAGCUCCCCCAUAUUCCAUGGCUGCGUGAAUGAGCGUCUUGCUGAUCGCACGCCCUCCCCCACUUUCUCCACGGCUGACUCCGACAUCACUGAACUGGCUGAUGAACAGCAGGAUGAGAUGGAGGACUUUGAUGAUGAGGCCUUUGUGGAUGAUACUGGCUCCGACGUUGGAACUGAGGAGGGAUCAGACCUCUUCAAUGAUGGGCGCGACCCGUUUUACGACCGAUCCCCUUGGUUCAUUUUAGUGGGAAGAGCAUUUGUAUACCUGAGCAAUCUCCUGUACCCGGUGCCUCUUAUUCACAGAGUAGCUGUUGUUAGUGAGAAAGGAGAAGUACGAGGAUUUCUGCGAGUAGCAGUGCAAGCUAUAGCAGCUGAUGAAGAAGCCCCAGAUUAUGGAUCUGGUAUUCGACAGUCUGGCACAGCUAAAAUUUCAUUUGACAAUGAAUAUUUUGAUAAGAGUGACUUUUCUUCAGUUGCGAUGACUCGGUCUGGACUGUCUCUGGAAGAACUGAGAAUUGUGGAAGGGCAAGGACAGAAUUCAGAGAUUACGACUCCUCCAGAGGAGGUCAAUAGAAUGAAUGAGCUAGACUUGAAGUCAGCCACUUUGGAUGGGAAGAUGACUAUGGAAGGAUUCACUGAGGAAAUUGGUGAUCACUUGAAACUGGGUGGUGUGUUUACCUUCCGUGUGACAGUGCUACAGGCCAGCGGCAUCCUUCCUGAAUAUGCAGAUAUUUUCUGCCAGUUCAACUUUUUACAUCGGCAUGAUGAAGCUUUCUCAACAGAACCUCUCAAAAACAAUGGUCGAGGGACUCCCCUUGGGUUUUACCAUGUUCAGAAUAUUGCUGUUGAAGUGACAGAAUCAUUUGUGGAGUACAUCAAAACAAAGCCUAUUGUGUUUGAAGUCUUUGGACAUUAUCAGCAGCAUCCUCUUCAUCUGCAAGGACAGGAUCUCAACAGCCCUCCACAGCCUUCCCGAAGAUACUUUCCUCCCCCUAUGCCACUCUCAAAGCCAGUGCCAGCUACAAAGCUAAAUACUAUGAGCAAACCCAGCUUGGGCCAGAGUGUGAGCAAAUACGACCUCCUUGUGUGGUUUGAGAUCAGCGAAUUGGAACCAACAGGGGAGUAUAUUCCUGCUAUUGUGGACCACACUGGAGGCCUGCCCUGCCAGGGGACAUUCCUGCUUCACCAGGGAAUCCAGCGUAGAAUCACAGUCACCAUUAUCCAUGAGAAGGGCAAUGAAUUGCACUGGAAAGAUGUGCGAGAGCUGGUUGUUGGACGUAUAAGAAAUAAAGCAGAGGUAGAUGAAGCUGCUGUGGAUGCUAUUCUGUCUUUGAACAUUAUCUCUGCAAAAUACCUGAAGUCCUCUCACAGCUCCAAUAAGACUUUCUAUCGGUUUGAAGCGGUUUGGGAUAGCUCCUUGCAUAACUCCCUUCUCCUCAAUCGAGUCACACCGUAUGGAGAGAAGAUAUAUAUGACCCUUUCUGCUUACCUGGAGCUUGACCACUGCAUCCAGCCUGCUGUUAUAACAAAGGAUGUUUGUAUGGUCUUUUACUCACGAGACGCCAAGAUCUCCCCACCACGAUCGCUGCGCAAUCUCUUUGGCAGUGGCUACUCCAAAUCUCCAGAUUCCAAUCGAGUAACUGGGAUCUAUGAACUAAGUUUAUGCAAAAUGGCAGACACAGGAAGUCCAGGGAUGCAGAGGAGGAGGAGGAAAGUCCUGGAUACAUCUGUCGCAUAUGUACGAGGAGAAGAGAACCUGGCAGGUUGGAGGCCCAGGGGUGACAGCCUCAUUCUAGAGCAUCAGUGGGAACUGGAGAAACUGGAGCUGCUGCAUGAGGUGGAAAAGACCCGACAUUUCCUUCUGCUUCGUGAAAAGCUUGGUGACAGCAUCCCCAAGUCCCUGAGUGACUCAUUGUCUCCUAGUUUGAGCAGUGGAACCCUCAGUACCUCCACCAGCAUUUCCUCACAGAUGUCAACUACAACAUUUGAGAGUGCUGUGACGCCCAGUGAGAGCAGUGGCUAUGACUCAGCAGAUAUAGAGAGCCUGGUGGAUCGGGAGAAGGAGCUGGCCACCAAGUGUCUGCAGCUUCUUACUCACACUUUCAAUCGGGAAUUUAACCAAGUGUACAACAGCAUCAGUGAUUGCAAGUUGUCGGAUAUUUCGCCAAUCGGGCGGGACCCAUCAGUGUCCAGUUUCAGCAGCGCUACCCUCACACCUUCAUCUACCUGCCCUUCUCUGGUGGAUUCAAGGUGCAAUUCAAUUGAUCAGAAGACACCAGAAGCAAAUUCUCGUGCCUCCAGUCCCUGUCAUGAGGUGGAACAGUUUCAGCUAAUUCCUACAGUAGAAACUUCCUAUCUUGCCAGAGCUGGAAAGAAUGAAUUCCUAAACCUUGUUCCUGAUAUUGAGGAAAUCAGACCAGGCUCUGUGGUCUCAAAGAAAGGAUACCUCCACUUCAAGGAGCCACUCUCCACCUCCUGGGCCAAGCACUUUGUGGUGGUUCGCCGUCCUUAUGUUUUUAUUUACAACAGUGACAAAGAUCCUGUAGAAAGAGGAAUCAUAAACUUAUCCACAGCUCAGGUGGAAUACAGUGAGGAUCAACAGGCAAUGGUGAAGACACCCAACACAUUUGGUGUAUGCACAAAGCAUCGUGGGGUCCUGCUCCAGGCCAUCAACGACAAAGACAUGAAUGACUGGUUAUAUGCCUUCAAUCCACUUCUUGCUGGCACAAUACGGUCAAAACUGGCUCGAAGACGCACGGGCCAGCUGAAGUACUGAGUCCAUGUAAUGUUCUCAUCUGUUCUCCCUAACUUACCUUCUGGUAGAUGAAGUGUUACCUCUCAUUUUCUCUUUGUGAUUCUUGACAGUUUCUCUUGUAUGUAAUCCUGUGGCUUAACAUCCUCUACCUUCCCAACUCCUUCAGCACAUUUUCUAGGUAUUCUAACCCUACCUUGUUUCUUUUCACUUGUGCUGAGAAUCCUACUAGUAGCAUGUGGCCAAACAAAAAGAUAAAGAAAAAAAAAAUCAAAAAAAUUGAGUGAUUAUGCACGACU